GUCUCUCUCUGUAUGUCUCUCUCUCUACAGAUCCUGGUAGGGGAGCUGGUGGCAUUCUUUCUGAAGGCUGAGGGGACGCAAGAGAAGACCAUAGUGACAGCAGACUGCUGCUACUUCAACCCCCUACUGCGACGCAUCGUCCGCUUCCUAGGUAACCACUACAGCCUCUAGAGUCUAGACCAACACCACACAGCCCUGCCUGAACUAGUCUUGAAUGAUUAGUGUAUCUAACAAGAUUAUAUAAACACACCUGGAAUUGGAAAUAUCUACAAAAGGGUACCUGAAUUUGAUGUCUUUUAGAGGAAAAUGUAGAUGUUUGUGAUGAGGUGAUGUUGAAGGAGUCAGGGGCAGGAGGGUAAAUCACAGAAUAACAGGCUUUAUUCCGCACCCACAGAGUUAGGCAGGAACGCGUCAAAACACUCCACUGGAAAAUACGAGGCACACAGGAAAAUAUCCCGGCGAUACAAAAUACAAGGAGCUCCACCGAGCUUCACUACUCUCCACAAUAAAACAAUCACACACAAAGACAAGGGGGCAGAGGGAACACUUAUACAGGUACUGAUGAGGGGAUAUGAACCAGGUGUGUGUAAUAAACAAGAUAAAACAAAUGGAAUGAUGAGGAGCGGCAGUGGCUAGAAGGCCGGUGACGACAAACACCGAAGCCUGCCUGAACAAGGAGAGGAGGCAGCUUCGGAGGAAGUCUUGACAAUGUUGAUUGUAUUUGCCACUGUGCACAGGAUAUAACCGGUAUAGAACAGUACAGUGAGAGCUCUUUCCCAACAAUGCAGUGAUAAUAACAAUAACAUAGAUAAUAAUAGAAAAUGGAGAAAAAAAACACACAAGAAGUACGAUAUAAGUUUGAGUACAGGCAUAACUGAAUGAACAACAGAGACCGAAUGCAAUAUGGAAUUUUAUUAAAUAAUUUGGGUUAUGGCCUCGUCUCCAAGGACUGCUCCUCGGAGCCAGAUGCUGAUGACAGGUAACCCUUUGCUGGGCAGCUGGCAUCGAACCCCCCCGCUAGCGGAAUGGAGUUCCAAUGACAGGCCUUAAGGUUAUUGUAGCUGCUGGUGGUGGGGAGGUGGAUGGUUGUCAAAAACUGCUGCUGAAACUGCUGCUGAAAAACAGCAAGUGAGAGAACAUGGGUAAGAUGACAUGUAAAUAGAUCCCAAGAUUUACACCAAUUGGUUGAAAGAGAGGAAAGUGAUAGGUUAAACAGCAAAUGUGCAGAAUGUGCAUUAUUGUGCCGUGCUUAUAGGCUAAAGUAAAUAGGUGAAUGACAUUCUGCACAUGGCUAAUAGGAUAGAGGAGAAGAACUAGACGCUAUGCUGAUGAUGAAACGUUUGUAUUCAUUCCCACUAUGCCCGUAUAAUAGGAAACAGAGUGAAUUAUGAUAUGCGGCUUGAUUAAGUUAAACGAGCAUUCAGACCAGCCUUCCUGAUUGAACUUUCGUAAACUACAUUUGAAGAAACACGAGAAUGCAAGUAACACAACAAUGAAACAGGAAGAGACAUGCCUCAGUGGUUUGUGAUGAUGAAGGCUAAAACUGGUGUGAAGAAUUUCAGACCGAUUAGCAUGUUCAUCACUUCAAGUGAUCAUGAAGGCUUUUGCAAUUUCACACCUCAGCUGAUAACAGCGGCUCCCAGGUAGGCUGGGGAUAACUAAACACCUCCUCUUUUAGUUGGCUGUCAUUGCUCUCUCUCGCUCUUUCUCUCUUUCUCUCUCUCCCUCAGGAGUGUUCUCCUUCGGCCUGUUCACCACCACCAUCUUUGCCAACGCGGGUCAGGUGGUGACAGGAAACCAGACGCCUCACUUCCUAUCUGCCUGCCGGCCUAACUACACGGCCCUGGGGUGCACAUCCAACAUGCAGUACAUCACCCAGCCCCGCGCCUGCACUGGCAACCCCCUGGUAGUGGCGUCCGCACGCAAAUCCUUCCCCUCCAAGGACGCAGCCCUCAGUGUCUACUCUGCAGUCUACACUGUGGUAGGUUCUGGUUUGGGGAGUAGGAGUUCGGACGGUUUGAUACACAUGUUAUGGUAUACCACCCUAUAGUAUAGAGUUGAUACCCAGCCUAUAGUAUUACAAUGCCUGACAGUCCUCCUGGUCUCCUCCCCUAUCUCUGUCUGUCCCAGAUGUAUGUGACGCUAGUGUUCCGGACCAAAGGCACUCGGCUGACCAAGCCUACGGUCAGCCUGACCCUGCUAUGCCUGGCCAUGCUGGUGGGAGUGGUCAAGGUGGCAGAGUACCGCAACCACUGGGCCGAUGUCCUGGCCGGCUUCUUCACUGGAGGAGCCAUCGCUGUGUUUCUAGUGAGAGGGAGGGAGGGGAGGGGAGGGAAGGAUGGAUGGAGGGAGCUGCUGAGGGAAUGGUGAGGGAGAAGAGGGUGGUUAGGGAAGUCAUUAUUCUGGGAGAUGAGAUGAGGGUGAGAGAAUGUAACAGUGAUGUAUAUUGAUGACGCACUGGAUUUUCUCACCAUGGGAUGAGAAAUGUUACACCCAUUUCACUUACAGUGAGCUCCAAAAGUAUAAUCCUGAAUGAAUCGUGAAUAAUGAGGAGUGAGAAAUUUAGACACAUACAUUUCAAAUCCCCCCCCCCCCCCCCCACCCCCCAAAAUGCUACUCACUGGACUAUACCCACACACAUACUACACUGACACUCCAACACGCACACACACACAUGCAUAUUGACGCCACACACUCACACAUAGACACACUUUACAUAUGCUGCUGCUACUCUGUUUAUUAUAUAUCCUGAUUGCCUAGUCACUUUUACUCCUACCUACAUGUACAUACUGUAUUACAUCAAUUACCUCAACUACCUGGUACCCUGCACAUUGACUCAGUACUGGUACUCCUUGUAUAAAGCCUCGUUAUUAUUUUUGUUUAUUUCCUUUUUUUGGUAUUUUAUUUUAGCAAAUAUUUGUCUUACUUUUUAACUCUGCACUGUUGGGAAUGGGCUCGUAAGUAAGCAUUUCACUGUAAAGUCUACACCUGUUGUAUUCGGCACAUGUGACCAAUACAAUUUGAUUUGAUUUGAUAAAUGAAUUUGUCCCAAUACUUCUGGUCCCCUAAAAUGGGGGGUCUAUAUACAUAAAGUGCUGUAAUUUCUAAAUGGUUCAGCCGAUAUUGAUGAAAAUACCCUCAAAUAAAAGCUGACAGUCUGCACCUUACCCUCAUAGUCAUUGUAUCAUUUCACAUCCAAAGUUCUGGAGUACAGAGCCAAAACAACAAAAAAUGUCACUGUCCCAAUACUUUUGGUAGUGUCAGUACUGUCAUUGCCUUUUAUUUUCUUAUACACCCAGUUCUUCCCCGUCUCUUUCCCUUUCUCUCUCUUUCUCACUCUCACUUCUCUCUCUCCAGGUGACGUGUGUGAUCAACAACUUCCAGCAGACGAGGCCCCCUCCCCCUCCCCCGCGGCCCCAGCGCCCUGAGUCAGUGCUAGGCAUGCCCAUGGUGGCUCUGCCCUGUGUGGAGAGUCCACUCGAAAAGUUAAGUGGAACUCAGGUAAGGGGUGGGGGUGGGUGAGCGGCAGGGCUGCACACACAGGGGGGGCAGACAUGCACCCCUUCUCUCCCCCUUCUGUCGUCCCCCCGAUCCCAAAAGUAGAUGUCCCCUCACAGCGCAUGCCCCAGCCCCAGCACCACCCCCUAACCCUCAACCCCGACCAAAGCACAAGUACAUCCAAACCUCGUCUUUGAGCCAGUAAUCCUUUACUCAGAAAAUGUGUGGACUUCUUAGAGUUUAGAGAGAGCCGGUUGCAGUAGUCUAUUCCUCAGUAUUCAUUCACCAUCCCUCAGUGGUUUAAGCUUUGAAGGCCUCUUAGCUCUUUGAAGUGAAUGAGAAAUGCACUGUGAGCUCUUUAGAUAAGGGAGAGCAGAGGGCACUAGGGAAGGACAACCUGUUGAAAGUGUGAUUCAAGGGAGCAGCUUUGAGAUGGCUUGUGUCUCCUCUUGUCUGUCACCUACACUAACCCUCACCUGACCUCCUCCCUCCCCUGUCUCCCACCUCGCUCUUUUCCCUUAUCCCUCACUUGAUCUCUAUCCUUCUAUCUGUGUCACCAGCAUCCUGCACUCUCCUCCUGCCCUCCCUACAAUCCCUACGUUCACCACCCAUUCUGACCAACUUUUGAUCGUUUUCUCUCGCUCCUUGCUCCUCACUCAUUUUUCUUUUUUUCAUCUCUCGUUCCACCCCAUCUUUCUCUCUCUGUCUCUUUCAUUCCCUCUCUCUCUCCUUCUUCCUCCCUCUCUUCUCUUCUGUCCCUCCCUCUCUCUUUUUCACUCCUCUCUCUCCCCUGCAGACUCCGAGGGGAUCUCCUUUCACAGAGAUCACAUGACCAUCAGCCGUAUCGGUUCCCCGCCACCCCAGAUGUCCUCAUUCCGUCUCGCUCCAUUUCCAGCGAAGUC